UAUUAUUUUAUUCUGUUUUCUGUGGUGUUAACUUUUAAACUUAGUAUUUAACUUACAACUUACUCUAAUAAAUUACUAUAAAUUUUAAUUACUAUUCGCUGCUCAUCAACCAUCAGUGACCAAUAUCAGUUUUCUACUGGGCUAAACAAUUCAAUAGGUACUUAAAUGUUCUGAUUAUUAACUAAUAACUAGUAAAAUUUUAGAUUUAUAGAAACAACCAAUAUAAUUUUAUAAAGAUGUCGGGUCUAGUUAAACAUUCUAUAAAUAAUAUAAACAAGUGGUGUUCAAUGACUAUGGUCGUACGAAGUUUAAAUUCCUGGACUGGUGGAAAAAAAUAUCCUGGAUUUACAUAUUACCCUAGAGAAGGCGAAGUGGACCCACCAUAUACGGCGACAAAAUUAUUCAUGGUUCAAAGAGUUAAAUCAUAUUUAUAUAAUCCAUAUUGGCAAAAAAAAAUAUUGACUGAUAUGGGCUUAGAUCACAAAGGUAGUGAUAUAGCUAUUGUAAAAAAUACACCAGAAAUGAACGCACGACUAUGGAAAGUUAAACAUUUAAUAAAAAUAACACCAAUACAAACACCUGACGGAUUACCAGAAAAAGAUGAUUAUUGGGGUACACAUUUAGAUACUGAGGGAGUGUUUAGAGUUUCCAAAAAAUUUUUACCUGAUUCAAAGCGAUUAGAAGCUACCAAAGACUUUGAAAAAUUGGCCAAACGAGUAGAUAAAGAUUCAGUAGAAAAAAAUUGUCGUAACAAGUGGUUGAAUCCAUGGUCAACUAUUGUAUAAUUUAAGAUUAUUGUUUUUUGUAGUAAUAUAAAAUACCUAAGUAUAAUGUAUUUUCAAUUAUUAUUUUUUAUGGAUUUAGUUCAAUGAAAAACGAUAAUAUAAUUACGUUUAUGAAAAAUAAACCUAAUUUUAUCAAUAUA